AUGGUGCUCGAAGGAGGAAAGAACGAGAGCGUUCUUCCCUCACAUGUUCAAGAAGAAGUCCAUAACUCUGUUGAUUCGGGCCAUGCACGAUUACACGAGCUGGGCUACAAACAAGAACUCAAGCGUGAUCUCUCGGUGUUAUCGAACUUUGCCUUUUCAUUUUCGAUAAUAUCAGUGCUCACCGGUGUGACUACACUGUACAAUACGGGAUUGACUUUUGGUGGGCCGGUUUCCGUGGUCUAUGGAUGGCUUAUUACGGGAUGUUUCACCAUGUUUGUUGGUCUGUCCAUGGCUGAAAUAUGCUCUUCGUAUCCUACUUCUGGGGGACUCUAUUAUUGGAGCGCGAAGCUUGCGGGUCCAGGCUGGGCACCCUUUGCCUCAUGGAUCACUGGAUGGUUUAAUAUUGUUGGCCAGUGGGCUGUUACAACAAGUGUAGAUUUUUCACUAGCACAAUUGAUUCAGGUGAUAAUUCUACUUAGCACAGGCGGAAAGACUGGAGGUGGAUACGAAGCCUCGAAAUAUGUAGUUAUUGCAUUUCAUGGUGGAAUUCUGCUAUUACAUGCUAUCUUGAACUGUCUUUCUAUCUCGUUGUUAUCCGUGAUCGGACAGCUUGCUGCUGCCUGGAAUGUAUUAGGAGUCUUUGUUCUUAUGAUCCUCAUUCCCUCAGUUGCAACAGAAAGAGCCAGUGCCAAAUUUGUUUUUACUCACUUCAACACAGAUAAUGGUGAAGGAAUUAACAGCAGAAUUUACAUAUUUGUUCUGGGACUUCUCUUGAGUCAGUAUACCAUAACAGGGUAUGAUGCAUCUGCCCAUAUGACAGAGGAAACCAAGAAUGCAGAUGAGAAUGGACCAAAAGGAAUAAUAAGUUCCAUCGGCAUAUCUAUAAUCGUUGGAUGGGGUUAUGUACUUGGUAUCACCUUUGCAGUAACUGACAUUCCACAUCUUUUGAACCCAGACAAUGAUUCUGGUGGUUAUGCCAUUGCUGAAAUAUUCUACCAAUCUUUCAAGAGUAGAUAUGGCAAUGGUGUUGGUGGAAUUAUUUGCUUGGGUAUAGUAGCUAUUGCCAUAUUUUUCUGUGGCAUGAGUUCGAUUACCAGCAACUCCAGGAUGGCUUAUGCAUUCUCAAGAGAUGGUGCCAUGCCAUUAUCAUCAUUUUGGCACAAAGUUAACAAGCAAGAGGUCCCCGUAAAUGCCGUCUGGUUAUCAGCUUUUAUGGCAUUUUGCAUGGCCUUGACGUCACUUGGAAGCAUAGUAGCAUUUGAAGCGAUGGUAUCAAUAGCAACCAUUGGACUUUACAUAGCUUAUGCACUGCCAAUCUUUUUUCGAGUGACUUUGGCUCGAAAAUCUUUCAAUCCUGGGCCUUUUAACUUGGGGCGGUUUGGAGUCCUUGUCGGUUGGAUUGCAGUCCUCUGGGUGGUAACAAUUUCAGUUCUCUUCUCCUUGCCAGUUGCCUAUCCCAUUACUACGGAAACUCUCAAUUAUACUCCUGUUGCUGUUGGUGGCCUACUCAUUCUUACUGUUUCAUCUUGGAUCCUAAGUGCUAGAUAUUGGUUUAAAGCAACAUUGCAGUUGUUGCCACUGAACCUACUCAUGCUAGGUUACUCUAAUACACUAAUAAACCAAAUGAUCAUCAAAGACGGGGAGCCUGAACUGCUGAGAGAGCAGUUUGCACUGCUGCUAAUAGGUGGAUGCCAAGAUUGGGACUAG